AUGGUUACGAUAUCGUGUAUCAUUUUUGCCAUAUUCGUCACGUUUGUAUCAUCGAACACUGGAAAUAAUAUUGUUCGAAUUACUAAUUCCGGUUCUACCAAUACUGCUGGUUAUGUAAUUGAAUUACAACGUGAUGGUCUAGUCAAAUGGACUGUUGCACCUCGAUUUCGUCCAAUUUUAACAACAACACCAAGUACAAGCACGGCACAAAAUAGCAUUCAACUGUCAGCAACUCGUACAAACAAUAUCUUUCAAGCUGUUGAACAAGCUCUACCAUUUAAUCAAUAUCCACCUAUUUUUUGUAUUAAGAGUGUUUCAUUUGGUACAACACUUCAUGUUGCUUACAAUGGACAACAAACACCAGAUCUUAGUUGUCCACUAAAAGAUCAACGAUUAGUUGUUUUGAGCAAAUAUAUACAUGAAUUAAUUCAAGAUCUUCAUAUUAAUACAUUUGGUUAA